CUUCAUCCCAAUAUAGAGUUAUUCAACAUUUUUCCCAUAGCGAAGUUCAGCAAAUACCGAUGGUGAGAGCACUAUGUUUAUUGAUUUGAUGUCUACCUAUAAUAUAUUAUGUAAAACAAGAAGGCACAACUACUAGUGUUCCGUUUCGAAGUACAUUAAAUUAAUAAAUUUGACUCCAAAAUAAUUCAGGCACACGCUAAUAUAUUCAUAACGUAGUUACUGUUGCCCGUUAAAGAUUCCCCACCGCUUAGGGAACGAUCGGGCGUGUUCGGUGAACACACGGGUAUGAUCUCGAGACUCUAGUGAUAUUCCCCAUGUCAACUUCGUACAUAACAUAAACAUAACCUCAACUUUUAUUUAGAAAAAUGUCUGAAAUUUCUGACUCUUUGGAAGCUCAUUCUGAAUUUUGUUUCAGUACUUGGUGAAUCCGAACAAGUUUGAACUAUCUACUUUUGCAAGAUGUGUGAAAUGCCAAAGGCUAUAAGCCAAAACCAACACAUCAUUAAUUGAUAUCAGUAAGUAUGGCAAAUUAUUCUGCAGGAGACGAUAAAGGAUAUGAAGAAGAAAUCAGACUCUUGUUGGGCUACCCUCUGAUGAAAAGAUGUGUCAAAAAUGGGUGUGUGUUUUUCAAAGGAUCAAUAGAAAUUGAUAAUGAAGAUUACAAAGUAUCUAUUGAAGAACAUCCAGAACAUGGUUUUGUCCUCGAAUUAUCACCAGAACUGAAGAAUCUGCAACAAGAUUUCUCAGAUAUUAUGCAGCAACAAAAACUUACUAGUGUGAUAUCCUAUUUGGAUAGUCUCAGAACAUACAUUCAGUCAAAAAUACCUGCUAAAAAUCCUGUGAACCAUUGUGAUAUUUACAGACAGGUCCUUUAUGAGUAUUCAGAAUUCACAAAGUUUUAUUUGAACCUCAAAUGCUGCUACUUGGCCUAUGAACUGAAUAAAAUCAACAUCACUACUGUGGAUGAGCAAAACAGAGAACAUUCUGUUGAAAUCCAUAUUGAUUACGCUAAUGUCCACAAGAUUUUCUGCAUUGCUGAAUAUGAUUUGCCUCUAGAAAAAGGUUAUUUCAAGGCAACUUCAAGUUUGAGAGAAACUUAUGACAAGUUUGUGGGGCUGGUGGAGUUGCUGCAACCGUUUUUUGAUUUGAUGGGGGUUUUUGAUUCUUGUUGUCACAUUUUGGAUCCUGUACCCCAGAAGAGGAUGUAUAACUACAGGAGGAUUUUAAUAGGAGAAAACCUAUCAUUGAUAGUAACAGUUGAUCCUUUUAAUGUCACAAGGAUUCCAGAAAUCAAAUUUCUGGGUCCACAAAGACAAGUUGAAGCACUUCGAACAAAGAUGAAUAAUAACUUAGAAAAGUGGGAUCAAACCAAUGACACAUUCACUGAAAUCUUACUUUUACUUGGUAUGGACCACUUUCCAGAAAAGAUCGUUGAUUUGAAUGAAAAGGAAGACAUUCUGGUGGGAACUGGAGAUUGCAGCAUCUGUUUUUCGUCAAGACUGAAUGGAAAAUUGCCUGAAGUGGUAUGCAAAAACGAAUUUUGCGAAAACUAUUAUCAUGUGGACUGUUUAUAUGAGUGGUUGAUGGCUGUGAAUGCAAGAAAAUUCUUCACCGAGGUUAUAGGAAAUUGUCCAAACUGUGAAAAAAGUAUUUCCUGUCCAAUACCAUCAGUCUGAAACUUGAGGACCAUGAAAUAUUGCAAGAAGAAUGGUGUGAAAAUAUAUCUGAAUAUAUAAUAUUUUAUUUUUUGUAUGUAAUUCGUAGUAAAUUUGUUGCCUAUCAAAUAGCAUCACUUUAUGAAACGAAAAUGACUGUUAUUUUUAUUUAUUAUCCAUUUUACAGAAUGUAUUUUUGUUAAUAAAUUUUGUAAUGAAUC